UUACGCAAUUAGUAACAUGCGAGUUUGUUGAUUGAAAAAAUAGUUUAAGAAAGGGAUCUAAACGCAAAGCUAACAGGAGACUAGUCCGCAAGAUUUCGAUGGUUGAAAUAUUUUAUGACAUAAAUUAGUCUAUUUUUAUUGCUGUGAUGUCAACAAAUGAGGAAAUAAUUGAAAUUUUAUUAAGUGAACUAGUUAAAGUUAUAUUUACAGCCGUUUUUCUAAUAAGUCUUGCUAAAAAGUACAAGAAAACUGUUGUAACCUCUAUUAUUAAACAUUGUUGGAAUCAUUUAACGUUUUAUAUUAGUGGCGUUAAUAACGAUUUAUUUUUCUAUCCUAAAUCAUUUUUUAACAAGUUUUCAGCAAAUAAUAAACCUGUUUCAAAAUAUUGUAUGUUUUAUUGUAAGUCAUUAAAACGGACUUCUUGAAUUUAAAAAAAUUGAAUUAAUUUGCAUGGCGUAAAGUUACAUAUGGAUACAUUAUUUACGACAUUUCUUUCUUCAACCGAUUUUACAGUUGAUAUAUCACCUAUUUUCGUUAAGAAAUCAAAGUUAAAUAAUUUAAAAUCACAUAAAGAGAUGUGUUUAUGUAAUAGCAAUUGUGAAGCUUGUAUUAAACCCACUAAAUUGCAUUUAACAAUGGAAAUAUCUGACAAACAAGGUGUUUUCAGUUCCAUAAAUGUUUCCAUUCCAAGAAAAACUAAUAUUGUAUCAAAUAACAAUUGUAAAGGAACACAAAAUUUAAUUACAAAUUUUCCACUUCACCACUAUUUCAUGCAUCAAAUUCACCACUUAUCAGCAAGAAGAAGAUUUGGGGUAACAUUGUUUGCAAAAGAAACUCCAUGUUUUUGUUUUGGUGAAAAAAUGGAGAAUCAUCAUUCCAUGAUGUGUUCGCUAGAUGAUUGUUGUGACAUAUUUGCAAUUAAAAAAAUGAACACAGACAAAUGUUGCAUGUGUGCUGUCCAAUUUGAAAAGGAUCGUUUUUGUCCUUUGCAUGAAAUAUAUAUUCAAAAAACAACCAAAAAAAAGAAGUCAUGCAGUUGGUUUGUAUGUCCUUCUAUAUGUGCAAGUACUAAUAAAAAUUUUCCUGAAUUAUCAUCUGAUGAUGAAUGCUUAACUAAAGAUUCUCCAUUAGACUAUUUUGAGAUAGAAUUUGAUGCAACAUCUUAUGAAUUAGAAGUGAAUUUAAAUUCAUAUGACAAUUACAAUGAUAAAAAUUUUUUCUUUCCUGAUGAUGAAAAUGAAGAAGAUGAAAACAGUGAUUAUGAAAAUGACGAUAAUGAAAUAUGUUUUCAAAGCUUUGAAUAUGAAUUUAAUGAAAAUCACAGUUCUUUGAAAAAAUGUUCUAAGUUUCAAAAUCAUAUAAAUGACUCCAUAAUGACAGUAGCCAAAUCUAAAUACCACCGGCUUUGUAUACCUGAAAAAAAAGCUGAAGAAAAUAUACAGACACUUCAUGAUACAAAAAAAGUUCGCUUUGCAGAAACCGUUGUUCAUCAUUUGUAUUCAUGGCAGUAUGCGUAUAAAGAAUCAAGGAGCAGUUAUUGGGUAAAAUUAGCAAAUGAUAGAGCCCAUUUUAGUAGACGUACUGAAAAAUUAGCAAAAAUUUUAGAUCCAGUUUUGAAAAAUAAAAUUGCUCUGAUUAAAAGGUUGUCAUAAUAUUUUUAUAGAAAACUUUAACCAUAUAUUUUCAAAAUUGCUCAGUGUGUUUUGUUAUAAAUGCAUAAUUAGAUUUGUAUAAUAUAUUUUUGGGUUUUUUGAAUUUAUAUCAAAUGUUUUUUUUUAAUUUAAUUCAUUAAACUGGGUAUAUUAUUUAUAUAGGUAUGUCGUUAUUAUGUAAAUAUUUAUGAGGGGCAUUACUAUAUUUAUUAUAUGUUGAAAAUCUUGGUAUUGUGUUCUUACACAAAUAUUAUUUUUGUUAGCCA